AGCUUCUGUCUGACUUCGCUUUCAGAAGUCAAGCUAUGCUGAAAUGUCACCCAGGCUUCAAUACGAAAUUGGAACUAUUGAAAUAUGGAAUUCAAUUCGUUUAUUUCAUUGUCGGACUCGGCUUUCACUUUGCUGUAAUUAAAGUCCUGCAUAAAAAGUGGUCAGUGUAUUCGAAAUACCCGUUUUUAAAGCUAUACUACGUAGAUUCCAUAUUGAGUGUUCUAAUUAUUUUGUUGGACCUUGUACUUAUCAGAGUAUUCAACUACAUUCCGCCACUCUGCCAAUGGGUCUUGCAAGAAUUUCCAGAACCAUCACAAUUAAUUUCCAUUCUGUUUAUCGAGCAAUACUUGCAGUUCGUGAAAAGUCUCAUAUUCUGUUUUAUGGUGGUUAACAGGGCAAAUAAUGUGAUUUGUGUGAAGUCGUUUGGAACGAUUCAAAGUUGUAUCAUUCCUCAUGUGAUUGUUUUCUGCAUUCUAUGCCCAUUGCUUGGCGUCUGGACAGCGUUUCUUUCGGAUAGUCGAUUUGUUCCAUUUCAGGGAGGAUUUAUUCAUGAGACUAUGAUGGAGUAUCACUGGAUAACAGUCUCUCAGUUCUCAGUGAUCAUAUCUUCCAUAACAAUUGUCACUGUAUGCAUAUGUUCCGUGAUCUCUAUGUUGUGCAUUUCAAGGACACAUGCUGAAAAUAAGCACACCGAACAAUCUCUGACAGCCUCAGCUCUUGCGAUGAGCAUCUUCUACGUGUUUGCUCUUUCGAUGAACAUUUACUGUCAAAAAGCGCAUGCUUCAUCUUUAGAGAUGCUUGAAUUUUGGAAAGCCCUGACUGCAUUCGCAUUUGAUAUCAUUCUAGUUUGCCCUCCAGUCAUCAUGUUAUGCUUGAACGUCAGACUACGAAUCAACGUCUUCUCCGUUGAUACUAGACCAACUUCUCCAAAGUAAAAAUAAAUUUUAAAAAAUCAAAGCUAUGAAAUAAAAAUGUUUUGAAUCUA